AAGCAGGCGUCCUCGCGCCUCUCCGCCCGCCGUCUGGAGGAGGAGAGGAUGUAGAGGUCAGGGGUCGUGCGUUGAGCCAUGCAGAGACCUUUUUCUUCCCUAUGCAAACGCAAACUCUCAAGGCAAAGAAGGGUUGUGCUGUGAUUGUCUUUACACACCCCGGAUCUGGAGCUGUACUGUCAACAUCUUGCACUCCCGAAGGCAAGCUGCUCCUUUGGCUGCAGGGGCUGGUGAGAGGCCUAGUUCUGAUGCCAUUGGUAGAAACAUGGAUUCCAAAGAAGACAGCUUAAAUUCCCUGACUCCAGUACUAAGAAUAAGCCAGCUGGAUGCUUUUGAGCUAGACAGAGCCUUAGAACAACUUGUGUGGUCCCAGUUUGCCCAGUGUUUUCAAUGUUUCAAACCUGGCUUGUUAACAUAUUUUGAACCAGAAUUGAAAGCAUUUCUGCAGUUUUUGUUAUGGAGAUUUACAGUCUAUUCCCAAAGUGCAACCGUUGGCCAGAUACUUCUGAACAUCAGAUAUAAAAAUGACUUCUCUCAGGGAUCAAAGUACCAACCAAUGAGUAAGCAUCAGAAAUUAUUGUAUGCAAUUUUCACCAUUGGGGUGAAAUGGUUGCAAGAGAGAGCCCACGAUUUAUUCUGUAACCGCCCUCCAGAGUCAACUAUGCAUAGAAUAAAAUAUUUCAUCACUUUUAUAGGUGGAUUUUUGAAGGUGGCUGGACUAUUGAACUUUCUCAUCUUUCUUCAGAAGGGUAGGUUUGCCACAUUUCCAGAACGGCUGUUGGGAAUCCGUGCAGUUUUCUCCAGAGCUCAAGGUUUUCGUCAAGUUGGUUUUGAAUACAUGAAUCGAGAACUAUUAUGGCAUGGCUUUGCUGAAUUCCUAAUAUUUCUUCUGCCAAUGAUCAAUACGAGAAAAAUGAAAGCUGUUGUCUCCUCCUGGUUCCUUCCAGUUGGCCAUUGUAGUGAUAAUGAUGGCACAUUGGCUAUCCACUGUAAAGAAUGCGCACUUUGCGGCGAUUGGCCAACAAUGCCUCACACAAUUGGUUGUAAACAUGUUUUUUGUUAUUACUGCAUUAAAAGUAAUUACCUAUCUGAUGCUUACUUCACUUGCCCAAAAUGUAAUAGUGAAGUCCAAAAUCUAGUACCAUUGAUGCCAGAAAUACAUAAGUGAACAUGAUACAAAUACAAUGUGCCUCAACUCCACUUCAAGAUUUGAAAGUAAAGUGUAGCCUGACAUGUCAAACCAACACUUCAAGAAUCAUUGAAUUGUUGAACAUACCGUCUUUUCACAUAAGACAUUAAUGAGAGGUCUCAAUUACCCACUUAGUUGGAUGUGAAAAAUUACAUUGUAUUAUACUUAGAGUAGGUGGUGAGUACAACCAGUUAUUUGGCCAAAGUUCUUUCCUCAACAAAUACAACAUAUAAAUGGACAAAGUUACUUAUUUAGUUUGCUAUUUGUGGAAUCUUUGGGACAUCCUAAGGACAGCAAAAAGCUAUUUUCUAAGUAACAUAGUCCAGUUGACCACUUAUGCAUUUUUGGCUGAAGAAAUUAUUGCAUUUGUUUUGCUAUUUCUUGGUGAAGACGAAAUUGCAGUGUCGAUGUUCACUUACACGUGAUUACAAUGUGUUUAGAAAUCCAACUUGUUGUAUGUACAAGUGAGCGAAUAAAAUUUUCUACAUUUCAUUGCCUAAAAAAUAUUAUGUUCAUAUUUAGUAAUGAACAAAGUAUAGAUUUACUUCAAUUAAUUAUGUAUCCGUUAUUCCAAAAUCUUAAUUUCAUGCAUAAUAAAUAGAAAUGCUUGAAAAAUAGCUUCAGUAUGCUCUCUUUGCCUGCCACAUCCAAUUUAUUUAUUUUGAAAUUCACUGUUCAUUAUUCUAUCGUUCUAGCCUUAAACUUUUGAGUUUAGAAAAAUAACUUUUAUGUAAUGCAGUGAUUGUAGAAAAGCAGUGAAACAGUUCCGAGAGCUUUUGGUGCUACUAAUCCAUCUGUUUCAAAUGGACAGUACGGACCACAAAACUCUGAACUUCCACAAAAUUUUAGAGCACAGUACACUGCUCAGACGGAGUCUGAAAGAGUUAACAUGUUUUCUAUAUCCAUGAAAAAUAAUUUUUGUUUUCCAAAUAUUUAUCCAGUUGCGUUUCAAAUCUGUUAUGGAUUCUGCAUUAAUCAUGAUUGCUGGUAAGAUCAACUGUUUCCUGACAGCUCUCUUCAUUUCAAAAACAACUGUUAGCCUUAUUUUUGGUGACUUUAGUCUUCUUGUCAAAUGUUUACUUUGUUAUAACGAAAGCUCAACUGUGUGUGUGUGUGUGUAUCUCCUGUACUUUCUCUAAGACUCAGUUGUUUGUAAUUUAAAGCAAUCAUUACUAAACAUUAUUAGAGCCAUCAUAGUACCAGCCACUUCAGUUGGUUUUAUAUUCUAUGCACAUUUUUACAAAACCCGAGAACUCACUUACAGCUUUUUAAUGCUGCUACCUAUAUUAUCAACUGUGUCCUACUUCUAAAGUUUUAAUUGAACUC